GUUCUAUGUUUGAACGAUUGAUAAAUAACGAGAUGCCGUUUGAGCAGCUUGGACGACAAUGUCGAAUGCGAGAUGAUAUUGCCGAUCUCCUUCGGUCACUAAGCAUAUACAAGGAUUUAAAGACAAACAAGGAGGUAGGAGUUUCAUUAAAUUUUGUUGUUCUAACGCCAGAAAGUUUUUCCUGUCUAAGUUUUUUAAUAUUAAUGUGUUCGUUGUUCAUUACUCAGAAAAGACCAAGUUUAUGCACAUAAAUCGUCUGGCAUGUAGUAUAGAUGCAUUUGUAAAAAAGAACGGUGGCCUAGAUUAUAAUAUAAAUUUUAAAAAUAAUUUUUAAAAAUUGACUACGAUCCAAACUUGGAAAGCUACUUUCGUCAACGCCUACAGUAUAUGUCCACUCGAUUGUAUAUAUUUUGUUCAGUUUGACAUUAAUGUGAUAGAGAAUAAAGCCCAAGGAGGUUACACUACACAUGAUGAUAACGAUAUAGGAUUACUAGUGAACAUACACUGAUUGGUCAAAAACUUUAUCAUUAUCUUCUAACUGAAAAAACGCUGGAGUGAACGAUUUUAAAAUCGUUAUUGUAUCUUAGUUUUGAAUAUCGAAAUAAAACGGUUACCGUUAAACAAGAUUAAGAAUAUCUAGAUCUCCGUAAUCACUCUGAUUUGAAUCAAAUUUUGAGUUUAAGAAAGAUAUGAUCACAAGGUUUCAUUUGAAUUACCUAGUUGUAAUUUAAUCACACCAAAUUUCGGGGCCCAUGUACCACGGCAACGCCCAAUAGCCCAUGCAGUAGGCUAUAGCCUAGCUAGUAAUUUAUAUUUUUUUUCUAAAAAGAAAACCUGCAAUAAUAAACCACCUGAUUGCGUUGGAGGUAGCUUGUUUUUCGUGAAACACACUGUACACGAAACCCAGAUAAAAGGAUCAAAUAGCUUGUGCAACCACAAAGAAAUUCGCCUGAUAUUGGACGUCGCGGUGUACUUGAUGAAGAACGGAUAUUCUCCUGAUGACGUGACAGUGCUUUGCCCCUACCGUGGACAGGUAAUAUUUUUGUUGGAGCAGUUUAGCAGGUGAACUGCUUUGCAUCAGUUUUGGAUGUCUGCAGCUCUAUAGUACUACUUGAUGAUGUAGGUCAUUCAUACCAUACCAUGCAUACCUAUGCAGUACAUGUAGAAAUUUCUGGAAAUUAAUCAUCUUCGAUCCCGCCGUCAAAAAUUGUUCUUGCUGGCUAUUUCAUCUUUUCGUGGGAGUGUCUUAUAUUUUAAACAAUUAACAGUUACAAGUUACAAAGCAUGCAUAUUUUAAAAUUUAUUCAUCACAUUCACGUUUCCAACAAAAGAAAAUCUGUUCAUUAAUUUUGGAUGUAAUAAUAUAUCACACAGCAAGCUUCUUGCUAUAAAUUAAACACCCAAUUUUAUCCAUCUAUAUUUUUAUUUUUAAUCCUUCAUAUUUUUAUGAUAAAUCUGCUACUUAGUACGUGUAAAAAGUCGAUUAACGAUUGUUUCUUGAGUUAAAGGACAAUGGCAACAAAUUUUUUUAUUGUCUGUACUUAUUAAGCUUACUAAUGGAAUACUUAAUUUCACAUUUUUGUUUGUCCAUUGCAUUUAGUUCUUCAGAUAAUUUGCGAAAAUGCUUAACAAAUUUUAACAGUCGUCCGCCAUCUUGGGAAAAUUCCGCGUAUGCUAAUUUAUGCAUGAAUACAUUUCGUGACGUAAAUGGCAGGGUAAACGAAAAUCCACAAUAUAAGUUACACUGUAACAACGUUGAGAUUUGAAAGAAAAUGUUUACAAAAAAAUUACACUUACAUCAUAACGUGUAUUAAUAGUUCAAUAAUGUGUAGCAGCUCACUACCAAUGGUAUGUGACUGUGUUUUCGACAGUAAAGCGUAUGUUUGCGUUGUAAAAUGCGCUUAAUAGACAUUGACUCCGGUUAUGGUAGUUCUGCUGUUCCAAUUACAUGUCAUAUAUUCCAAAUGUAUGUAUAUAUGUAUGGCAUAUACAUUUAUGUAUGUGCAUGCUCUGUUGCAGAAAUAUAGAAAUAAUUUGCAUUGAAAUAAAAGAUUCUACUGAGUAUUUAGUGUUUCAAAGUGUUGUUAUAUAUCAUUAUUAAUACAAAAAUAAUUCAAACAACUGGUGGAACUGCAACAAGGCUGCAGUGGAUAAUCGCAACCACAAGGCCCACCAGCCGUAGACGAAGCAUUUUAAAAUCUCGUGCCAGAAUUCACUGGCCGUUAAAUUUGAAAACCUUUGAAAAACAUUGAAUUUUAUACAAGGCUGAAUCGAAAUCAUGACAGGUACUUAUUCAUGUAAUGCACGCCGGCAACAUAAUAUAUUAAUGUAGCUUCAGAUUUCACAACUAUAUAUAAUAAUUGCUUUUAAAUCUGAGUAGGCUUUCAAACGACAUUGCUCGUGAAAUAGCUGUUAUCGCACAAACAAGAUUUGCUUCUUCUGUAAUGUGUAGUGUCGCGCAAGUUAGACAUUGCGCAAAGUAGUAAAUUGACAUUCAAGGUCAGUAUGGGAUUUUCCCAGCCAAGAGAUUAGAGUGAAAAUAAGAGUAUGUAAAAUAACUAUAAUCUGGUUAUAUGUUGUGAUGUAUUUUUACAUGUAGUUUUACUUUGUUGUCAUUUUAUAUAGGUAAAUAUAUGCAUGUAGUGCAGUAGUUUCCAAUAUUAUCAAUAUUUUCAUUGUGUUAUGUAAAAUACCCUAAAUUCAGGUGUGGGACAUUAUACUAUAUACAGUAUAUAACCGAAAUUGCAAAUAUUAGUAAGCUCUGAGUAGCUAGCCUGCUCGCAGGCGAGCAGGCUAUGAGUAGGCGAGCAGGCUAUGAGUAGGCGAGUAGCCUAAGACUUGAAUAACGAAAAGAUCAAGAUUGUUCAUGUAAAACUUAAGGUCCACUGCAAAACAUGUACCGUGUACGGUUGUAAUAGUGACAGCCAACAAACAAGUGAAAUCCGUUUCUUCAAUUUUCGAAUGGGCAAAUCGGUAGAUCAGCAAUAUAGGAGAAACGCGUGGAUUGAAUUCUGUAAGCGCAAAGCAUUUAAACCAUCGUCGUCUAUGAUCGUCGUGCACUAGAAUACAUGCUCACUUCAUUUUGCCGAAGACGCGUAUGAACAGUCGCCAAAGUGAAGCGUUGCCAAGUAAUAACUUUACUUACAGUACAUACUAUAGCUUCAAUUGCGGUAUACUAUUUCUACAAUGGAUUGACAUAAAAAGACACAAAACAGCGCACGCAUGUACGCGUGCACCUAAUAUACAAUAUUUAACGGCAUGGUGUACUUUCAAAUCUCCAAAUUAAAAUAUUGCUUGUUUUUCUCCUACUUUUGGUUCAUAUCGGUAUGAUAACACUUCCCCUACUUGGUUCUCGUGAAUAUUUUCCUUUCAAAUGACUCAAAAGCAUUAAUUUUUUGAGAAAACAUAUUAAAUCUCGAUACACGCUAUACAAAAAUAUAUUGUUGUUUUGAUUCUACCCUGCCAUCUACGUCAUACGGGUCAUGUUACCCAAAAGAUAAUUUUUCGCUAAUACGAGCCAAGAUGGCGGACCAUAUAUAAAUUAACAGUGAAAUAACAUGCUUAUAACUCCGGAACAAAAAUGUUUGACACGGUAUUAAUAUCAUAUUCAUAGUUAGAUGAAGCAACACUUUUAAUAUAGACAAUAAAAAUUUUUGUUGCCAUUGUCCUUUAAGGUGGCUUCCUACAGUUAUAGUUCUGUUAAACGUAUUAUAUAUAGAUCAGACGUUAUCCUUGUGACUUGCGCGUGGAAUCUUCAUUGCCCGAUAAACAUUUUGAAAUAAGGCGCGGGAAUUCUUUUUUAGUUUUGUCUGCAAAGAAAACGCCAGUUUUUAUUAUAAUCCUAAACUUUUCAAAAUUCGAACAAUAUGUAAUGUUAACGUGUUUUUACGCAUUUAAGGUGCUCGAUACAGUUUUCAAAAAUUCAGGUGUUCAACACUUUGACAUGUUCAAACUACGCAUUUUUAGGAUUUAUUCAGCAUAUAUUCGGGUUUUUACAUAUUUUUUAUAUCUCUACUUUCAAAUUAUAUUAGUCUCAGCAACAGAUAGUUCGUUGCUAUGACGACCUAGACCCCCAUUUUUUUUCUUGCUUUAUUUUACUUGGACGAAAAGCUAACAAUUGCCAAAAUACAAAAAAAUUCUGUUAUGCCAUUUUUUUGGAAAAUGCGAAAAUGUCGUACUCUUCGGUAUAAAAUGUUUUUGGCAUUACAGAAUUUUUUUAUUUUUUGUAUAAUAAAAGUUUUUAGCGGUGCAAAAUUUGAACAUAGGUCACCAGACAAAAUAAAGAGAUUUAUUUUUUAUUUGUGCAUGCUUAGUGAUAUUUUUUAUUUCCUGCAAUCUGAUUGGCUGCAGCAGCGGCAGCUUUUUACGAUAUCUUGACCGUGGUCCAAAAAAGUUAUUCUUUAGCGACAAACCGAGGAGUGAAGACAAUUUUCAAACUCAAAACACUACCCAAAAAGUUUAAAAAUCCACGCUAACGAUACUAAAGACUGUAAAAUACGAUACUAAAGACAAUAUAAUUGGCUUCAGUGGACUUAGUGCCAAUCCCGAAAUACUUUUCUCCGAGCAAACUGCGAAAAAACAAAUAGCUAUAAACAAAUAGCAAUCAAAUCUGAACGUAUAGUAAUUUAAUAUGCUAUAAAUAAUUUCCAGACUGAAUGUUGAUUUUAUGAAUAAACAUGACUUUAACGGUUUCUAUUGGAUAGAUUUAAUUGGAUAUAAGUAAUGUUUAUGCAAAGGCAGAGCCAACUUGACAAGAGCGAAAAGUGGGCGUAUUUCGUUUCUUGAUGUGUUGUCAGCAGUCCCUCCUUUCUCCCGACUCCCGAGGGACUACUCGCGGUCUAAUCCAGCUUUUGUCGCGUCGUUUUAGCAGUUUGUUAGCCAUGCUUGCAAGUUACAAACGCAACUGAUCUCAAAUCUACUUCGCAACUGGCAUUUUAUCGGAAUAUCAUUAUAACCAUGAACUAUCAAAUAAAAAAAUAAACACGUUAUUUACCGUUUUGGUCGGUCCGUACUAAAAACUAUUUUCCCUCGGCAAUUGCUAGAUAGUAUACUUCAAAAUAAGAUUUCCGUUUUUAUUCUAUUUUUAAAAUAAGUUAGGGUUAGGUUAGGGUUUAGGUUAGGGUUAGGUUGGGGUUAGGGUUAGGUUUAGUAUUAGGGUUAGGGUAUAUAUAUAUGUAUAUAUAUGUUUGUUGUUUGAUGGCGUGACUGCGCGCGCGCGCGAGGAUUGUUGAUGUUGCUUACACGCGCGCAGACUACAUUUCCCUCUAAAAAUUGUUUCUGGUGCACGCACUUCGAGAAGAUUUUCCGAUCUUUUGUUGAGUAGAUUUUCGUCGCGAGAUUUUAAAAUCAGCAGCUUCUCUUGCAAGCAUAGGUUGCAUCUUGGUCUUCCGCUUGUGUAUGGGACAGCCUUCUUAAGAAUGGACCAAGUGGUGUUGUAAGGUCUUCCGCUUCUCUUCAAUUUCCAAAUAUGCUUCGAUAGCUCCGUUUCGUUCGCGUAUCUCUGAAGCUCGAAUGAUUUUUUAUGCUUUCUGUACCUGUCUUUGAAUUCCCCAGCUGUUACCCCAAUAUACUGCUUCGUUUCACCGUUGUCGUGACUCUUUACUUCGGCUUGGUACAUGAUAGCCUGGGUCAGACAUUUCUUCUGGAGGGGGCAUUCAUCUUUCUUGCGACAGUUACAGUUAAUUUCUUCUGUUGCGGUGGGUUCGGUCGAUCUAAUUCUCGUGCUGUGGUUAGAAAUGGUUGUCUUGACAUUCUUCAUGCAGCUGUAACUAAUUUUGAUUGAAUUGCGGUUAAAGAUCUUAUGUAGACGACUUGAUUUAGGGAAAUGUUUGUCGAUAAGUUGAAGAAAGGUUUUACCAAUGUUUGUUACUACGUUUUUGCUGCAAGGUGGAUUAAACCAUAGUAUGUUUCUGUAUCUUUUGCGUUUCGGUUGGCUGGACGUACAACUCUCAGUGUUGGGGUCGUCAAUAUUACUUGAAGGCGUGACAUUGUAUUGUAAAUUAAAAUCAUAAUUACUACGACGUAAUGCAUUCUCGUAGGUUGGUGCUGAUGAAUUGAAGGUUUGAUGAUCAGAGAAUAAAUUUGAUAUACGGUGAUUUAUUGACUUAGGUAGUUGUUUAAUUAUGGCUGGUGGGUGGUUCGAGCGACUGUCAAUGUAAAUCGUGAAAAUCAUGAAAAUCACGGCCCAAGUAAAAAUCACGUGAAAAUCACGGCCCAAGUUAACCACCAAUCUGUCAACUUUCUAGACGUCACAUUCAACCUUGCAGAGGAACGCUACCAACCAUAUAAAAAACCCAAUAAUGAACCCAUUUACAUUGACAGUCGCUCGAACCACCCAUCAGCCAUAAUUAAACAACUACCUGAAUCAAUAAAUCACCGUAUAUCAAAUUUAUCCUCUGAUCAGCAAACCUUCAAUUCAUCAGCACCAACCUACGAGAAUGCAUUACGUCGUAGUAAUUAUGAUUUUAAUUUACAAUACAAUGCCACGCCUUCAAGUAAUAUUGACGACCCCAACACUCUGAGUGUUGUACCUCCAGCCAACCGAAACGCAAAAGACACAGAAACAUACUGUGGUUUAACCCACCUUACAGCAAAAACGUAGUAACAAACAUUGGUAAAACCUUUCUUCAACUUAUCGAAAAACAUUUCCCUAAAUCAAGUCGUCUACAUAAGAUCUUUAACCGCAAUUCAAUCAGAAAUAGUUACAGCUGCAUGAAGAAUGUCAAGACAACCAUUUCUAUCCACAACACGAGAAUUAGAUCGACCGAACCCACCGCAACAGAAGAAAUUAACUGUAACUGUUGCAAGAAAGAUGAAUGCCCCCUCCAGAAGAAAUGUCUGACCCAGGCUAUCGUGUACCAAGCCGAAGUAAAGAGUCACGACAACGAUGAAACGAAGCAGUAUAUUGGGGUAACAGCUGGGGAAUUCAAAGACAGGUACAGAAACCAUAAAAAAUCAUUCGAGCUUCAGAGAUACGCGAACGAAACGGAGCUAUCGAAGCAUAUUUGGAAAUUGAAGAGAAGCGGGAGACUUUACAACACCACUUGGUCCAUUCUUAAGAAGGCUGUCCCAUACACAAGCGGAAGACCAAGAUGCAACCUAUGCUUGCAAGAGAAGCUGCUGAUUUUAAAAUCUCGCGACGAAAAUCUACUCAACAAAAGAUCGGAAAUCUUCUCGAAGUGCGUGCACCAGAAACAAUUUUUAGCGGGAAAUGUAGUCUGCGCGCGUGUAAGCAACAUCAACAAUCCUCGCCCGCGCGCGCAGUCACGCCAUCAAACAACGAAAAUCAAACGGUAUUUGAGAACAAUCUCUCCUGAUGAUCGCAGCACAGAGUCGCAGAAUAGGAAGUUAUACCAGAAGCGUAACUCGAGCAAAUAUUUGUCCGCGUUUUUACAAGCGAUUCGUCAUCAAUCACGCCAUCCUGGCUAGUACAACCGGCACUUUGUACCUACCAAAUCCUGAUAAAAACUUCCGGCUUUACUAGCCAGGAUGGCGUGGCCUGACGUGAGCGAGUUAAAAUGUUCGUGGACGUCAAACAAUAAGGGAAACGACUAGAGUUACGCUUCUGGUAUAACUUCCUAUUCUGUGACAGAGUAGAGACAUACAGAGACGUAACUAGUGUACCCACCCUUUUGUGCGCGUGCUCGGCAAGUUACUAGAUGCAUGCAUCUGAUUGGAUGACGACCUGAUGACGACUCACUUUAAACUUGCCGAGCACGCGCAGUUGAUCAUUUUUUCGACCGGUCGCCUGAAAAAAAGUGGGUACAUGAUAACGUAAUCUUCCGCAGUGUUUACAACGGUCAGUUACGUCUCUGUAUGUCUUAUCUACUCUGUGAUCGCAGUGAUGCGUGAAACUCGGAGUAGAGACAAAAAAAACAUUUUAAGUAAGAAUAGUAACUACAUUCGCUCUACGAAAUUUUAUGUAUUGAGCACUCUCUUCACUAUACGUUACAAAACUUGUUGAGCAGAGUUUUUGUGAUAACCAUAUCAGAAUACAUUCAGUAAUGAAGUUAUAUUUUAUACUGUCCUGAUGACACUUCUGAACUGUCACCGAAACUUACGUAAAUCCUGUCAUUCAACUCAAUUCACAUGUAGUGUUUUAUCUGCUGAAUCUAAUAAGACUACAGUAUAGUGCAGACAGUUACGAGUUGUCUUAUGCGAAAAGUCAAAUUGUAGUUGAAUGUUUUGAAACGUUUUGACACACUUUGCACAUUUGCCAAGCAUGGCGAUUAGUAAAACAUUUCAGAAUUUCGAGAAAUUCUACGACAUAGAUUUUCUGUAGUCGUUCUAUCUCGAAAUAUUUUAGUAUGUUAUUCCUCUAUUACCCAAAAAUCUUUAAAAAAAAAGUGACCAAAGAAAAAAAAUGUGAGAUUAGACAAGAAACUGCUAAAGAUAAAACAUGGUUGCCUUGGUAACACCACCACCGUUCCAAUUUGUUUAUAUAUUGCCCUGUCUUAAGUGCAUUCAAUAUAUAUUUGGUUGAAAGCGAUGGUUACCUGAAAUACCUGAAAUUUCAGAAAACUGUAGGGGGCCACCUUAAAUGACUUCUUUUUCAAAAUAGUUUGCUAGCAGCCCGUUUAUUUUCUGUCGCGUAUUUGCAAAAAAAAUUUCAAAACUUAUAAUCUUUUUGGCGUAUCUCUCUUAAUUACUGUACUUCAUUUUAGAUUUGUUUUCCAGUUUUUUAGUCAGACACCUUGUCAAGGUUAUCUAGCGGACCGGCGGUUGAGAAACAUCAUAAAAAUGAUAAAAUUCAUCAUAAAAGUACAAUUCUAACUUUAAUUGAAAAAUUGACGCCGUAUUUACAGCAAUAGGCAAAACAUUUUAUCUUAAAAUUUAUGCGAUAAAAGAUUUAUUAACAUAAGAAAAUGUGGACGACCUUUCGACCUUAACUAUAUAUAGGUGUAAUAAAACAAACACAUUUGCUAUGUAUAACCAUGAAAUUGUCUCUAUAUGGCUUAUGAAACAGGGCCAAAGGAAAAGCUUGGCUAAAAUGAAUCCGUCUGCACGAGUAUUCAAGUUUGGCCGAAAUUAACGUGCAUAAAUAAGACAUGCAUGCGGUCAAAUUUGGUUUAGCAAUUUCGUCGGGAACAAAGAUUUAAACAAGAGCAUGCUAUAUCUCAUCGAAUACGUACUUGCAUACGUGCUCGGCAACGUCAUCUGCCAUCUUUACCAACGCGUUGCUCAGCACAAGUUCUCGGCUGUUGCAUGGUUAACUGAAUUAAACAUUUUUUCGAACUCUACAUGCAUGAAAUAAAGUUGUACUCAAGAAUCGGCGUUUUGUGUCUUACACGGUAGUGCGAAAACUAAUUUGAUUGUCCUAUUUUAUAAGAUGCUGCGGGUAUACGUGCAUGUAUAUCGGCCAAACGCGCAUAUCGGCCAAGCCUAUAGCUUUUACACGUGUAUAAAAAUAUUGAAAACUUGAACUGAUUAUAAUCUAGUGGUUUAAUUAUUAUUCUCGUCAGUUUUGAGCGAGUCGUUUGGGCCUACGCCGGUAACUAAUUUUAUAUAGAGAUUUAAGAGGAGAUUUUGUAUGUAUGUUACAAGUUUACAACUUGUCGAAAUCGAGUGUUCCUCUUUGUAUAGACAGGCUAAAUGCGUUUACUUAUAGCUUCGCUUUUUAGGUCGACAAAAUGAAAACUGCCUUUAACAAGGAAUCGUCAGAUUCGAGAGAAGAGUAUUCUACCAAAUUGAAAUAUAUCAAUAUUACAACUGUGGACAGUUUUCAGGCAAGUAGAAUUUCAUUCUGUGUAAAUCGUACGGAAAAAUAGAUGGCAAGCGAAGAAGUGAAUUUUGGGAAGUGUAAUCAUGAAUUUUGAAGAAGUGUAAUCAUGCACACAUUGCUAUGUUGUCACCGAGCCAACGGCGCGGGGCGCCGUUCUGGUCGUCAGUCCGGGCAGGGGCACUAAUUCCGCCCGGCUAUUUACAUCCGGGGAAAUUGAAGCAUUAGCGAAGUCUAAUGUUCAUCAAUGAUCGCGGGCGUGUGUCGCCAACCGUGGGUGGUCAUCCUCACUGAUCUAAAAAAUAUGGCUGUUUGCCAGGAGUGGGAUAAACAAGAUUUCAAUUUUCAAAAGCAUAUAUUUGGAGAAUCGCGUUUCACAAAAUGAGCUUCGAAGCAAUUUUUGUUUCAAGGAAUGAGAAGAAAGUCUUGGAAUAUAGGGCAAGUUUGCUUUGAAUGUUUGAUGUUUAUGAUUUUUGUUCCUCAAUUUAAUUAAUUUAAUGCGUAAAACAUGCACUGCUUUCCUUUUCAAUGAAGCUGUAUUAAAGUUUGCUAAAUUACCCUGUUUAAGAGCAAAUUAAUUUGAAAACCGAACUGAACUUACUCAACAAUUUGAACUUAUUUUGUUUGAUAAAGUAAAAACAGUUUAUCGGAAAAAGCAGUUUAUAGUUUAAUAUUAAAAUGAACAUUUCGAAACAUUUUACGAAGCGAUUCAGUUUAAAUUUUACAUUAAAUCAAAGCUCACAAAAUGCGGAAUAACAUACCUACAGUACAUAUUUUGGAAAUUAAUUGUUAUAUAGUUAAAAGCAAUAAUCUUUCAACUAUUUUUGCCGUGUUGUACAAAAAAGUAAUAAUAAUUAAAUUUCUCGUGUUGCCAUGGCAACACAGACGUAAACGCGAGCCUGCGUUCAGUGUUGAUCAAUUACUAAUACUUCAUGUUUAAUCAAUGUUUGAAAAAUACAUGCGAGGGGUUGCUGCAUGCAUGUAUUUCUAGUUUCUAUUUACUUCACUAAUGGCCCUGUCACACUAUUGCGUAUCGUACUAGCGCAUGCCAGCGUGUGAAAAAUAUCACUCAUGCGCGAGAAAACCGCUGGCAAACGCUAGGGGUGCGUUAGGCAUAGGUUGUAUACGUUUCAAGCACGGUCGCGUACGGUGACAUACGCUAGCAUACGGCGAGGCAGAAACUUUUUUUAAGCAUGCUUAAAAAUUUUGUGCGUAUUCGAACGUGUGGUUUAUACGAUAAGCAUACUCUAGGCACACGCUGAAUACGCUAGCGGUACGCCAGAUGUACGGUACUCAUACGCUAGCAUUUCAAAGGGCUUUUGUGCGUAUGGAAAUUAUUUCAUUAUUUAUCAUACGCUUCUCAUACGUUUCUGUCGUACGCAAUUGUGUGACAGAGCCUUAAAUCCCUACUUCGAAUUCAUUUCAUGUCAUCUUUUAUGGCUGCGCGCGGUUUGCAACCGAAAAGUACAACGGACAAGGGCCGCCACGUCAUGCAUGGCGUCUAUGAGAAAGCCUGUUCUGCCACCCGUAUACGUAUAUCAUGCACUCUAGUCUGCGAACCCAGAUGUUAUUUCUCACGCUCAUUCUUCGCUCGGAAAGUAACGUCUGCGAACCCGAGCGGUAAUUCGAUUUCCAAGCGAUUAUCCAAUCAGCAUUUGGCUCUUAAAAACAGAGAACCAGCAUACGGGACUGCAUGUCGCGGUCGAUUUGUGUGAUUUGCGGGAUUUUCACGCGACAGAAAAAUGCGAAUAUGACAACGAUUACUACGAUUAAGGCCCAUACAGACCGGACGCGAUUUGGCAACGCGACGCGAAUUUUCAGUUUUCAAUGACAUUUAACCUUAAUAUUUUUCAGUGUUUUUCAAAUAUUCGGGACCAGUUAAGCAAUGUUAGUUAUUUGGUCUGCAUGUCUUGUAAAAUGUUUACCCGUUGGCGAUUUUAUUUGUUUUUGCAAACUGAAAAUUCGCGUCGCGUUGCCGAAUCGCGUCCGGUCUGUGUGGGCCUUCACAGUUGUAACAUAUAUUUACAGCUCUCGGGCGUCUUCAACAAAAUUUUAUUGUUUUUAUUUUUCUUACUUUGGCCUUGGCACUUGCAAUAACAAUAUUUUUUUAACAAAAGAUGCAUCGGGAUCUUAUGCUUGUGGCCAUAUAAAAGUAAAUAAACUUCUCUGUAUUUUUCUUUAUUCUAGAAUAUACAUUUAUACUUGCACAUUAAUACAAAGUUGCUCGUUGUUUAUAUUUAUAUUUGCAUUUACAUUAUCGCUUUGUAUUUACUUUUGCUCUUGCGUUUUCGAACGAUUCUUAACAAAGUUUUCAAAGGAAAUAGAUUGAAAUCUAUUUUAACCAGAUGAGAGCUAAGUCAAACUUAAUUGUAAUUUGUUUGAGUGUAAGUACUGAGUGUAAAAAGUGCCAAAUAGAACUAGCUGGUUUACGGUAAAAUAAUGUAACCGAUUGUCUAUUGAUAUUGAUCAUGCAGAUACCGAUAUUAAUUUCAGACCUGAAGUUGUAAACAAAAUGCAUUUACUUCUGGCGAUCAUGUUUUUGGGAAUAUGUUAAUUUGAAUUUCUCUCAAAUGCCGUAUGUAUAUUGCAACAAAGUGCACGCUUGAAAAGCGCGACGUGAAGAAAGCACACUGAACCUGCUAUAUGAAACUAUAAAAUUGAUGUCAAUUUUACUCUGUAUAAGGGACCAUUCAUUAUUUAUGACCGGAGGUGGGCUGGCAAAAUUCAAUUAACAACUAAACAAAAUGUUUUGCCCCCUCCCUUGCAUCACAAAAAAAUUCAAUGACCCCCUUCACAUGAAUUCUAAAAAAAUAGUACCCCCCCCCACAGAUGUAUACAAAGACAUAUGACCAGGCAUCAGAUCUACAUUUACUUGUGCUCUCAACAAUUAAUCCAGAUAAUUAGAAUCCAGUUUCAGUGUAUUUUCUACCGACUAUAAAGUAUAUAUUCUACUAUAGAACACAUUAUGUACUUACUAAAUGAGUGAAAUCCAUUUACCAAGUCAAAUCCGAGUUCGAGACAAUUCCGAGGCUGAGGCGAAACAUCCGAGUCAUGUAAAAAAAAGACGAAAUUGAAUAAAAUUCACAAUCGAGUUAGGGUUACAGUGCCGUAGGAAGCUCUUUUUUAUUUAGGGCUGAAAACGAGGGCCGAUCGAAGGCUCGAGGAAAUUUUUAAAUUUAGAGUCUCUAAAAUGCCAUUUCCUGGACUUUGAUUCGACAGAAUUCUAAUGGUCAGAAAACAGCGUUUUAGUAUGUCGAAAUUUAUAAUUUAGGGUAGUACUAAAUGGGCGAAAGCGUAUUUAAUUAACUAUAUAUUGGAUAAGUUGCAGGAAAGUAUUGGUAAUAUCUUCAUUCUUUGCAGUUUGUCAUGGAUAAUGUAGCCGCUUAAAAUUAAUCAAUUGUCAGUAUAUUAAAGGUAUAUUAUUUAAAUGAUAAAGGUGUGCAUGAUUUUGGAAAAAAAAGAAGAUUAUUAGCAAUUCAUUGGGCUGCAGCCCCCAGUUGCUACGGCCCUGGGUUAGGAGUAGGAUUAGGGUACGUACUAAGUCAUUGGACUACAAAGACCGCUAAACAGUGACUCGGACAUUUGACUCAGGCUCGGAUUUGACUCGGUUUGACACGAUAAACCGACAAACUCCUUACGAAAUUAAACCAUGAAUAAAAUACCUAGUAUAAACUAUUACAUAUAGUAUACGCCAAACUUGCCCUGGACGUAAUGCUGCUACAUCGCUUACUCGUUAUCGUGACUGUCUUUUUUACUAAAAUGUACAUCAGGGAAACAUGACAAAAAAUUAAGGCAAGUUUAUGGCAAAAGUUAUAAGGUAGAUGUUCUAUUGUUUUUGCACGCAUUGCAUUUUGGGUAUUUGUGCAUUGCAUUUUGGGUCUAUCUGUUGAUUAAAAUUGAGAAUUUUGCCAGUUACAUGAAUUAAAUUUGCUGCUAUGCUCGCUCUCUGCGCUCGGUAGCAAUAAUCGUUAUAUGUCAAAUAUUUCCCCAUAAUAAUAAAAUAACUAGACCCCCUCUUCUGAACCAAUAUUUUUAGGUAGCCCCCCUUUUUCAGUCAAAAAUACCUUAUGACCCACCCCCUUUAUCUUGCCAUCCCACCCCCGGUCAUAAAUAAUGAAUGCACGGUCUCUAAUACAAACAUAAACUACUUGGUUAACUCCUAACGUAGGUACAUAUUAACUAGCGUGUUAAUCUUGUUGCGUAUAGUCUAACCUGAGUAUCAGGCCCUUAUGUUUUCAUUCGCCAGGAUUAAUUGGCGGCUAUGGGAGUUUAUUGAUACCAAUCAUUAUAUCGAAACUUCCCAACAAUAUUCGAAUUCAGAUCGCUCGUAAGGCCAAUAGCGAAACCUGGAAAAUCGACGAGUUGUUAGAAGUUAUUAAGGUAGAAAUCGAAGUCCGCGAAGCACCGCCCUCUCCGUCGAACAGUCCUAACUACGGCUCAGCGAGCGCCUUGACAACGAGAAGUGGUGAAUCGUUUAAGUUACAAUGCGUGUAUUGCAAGGGAGAGCACUAUUCUGCUUCUUGUGAAACUAUAAAGAAUGUUCGAGAACGAAAAGAUAUUCUACGUCAAAGCGGUAGAUGUUUCAAUUGCAUUCGAAACGGACACCAAAUGAAAGAUUGUCCAGUUAGCAAGCACUGUCGCCACUGUUAAUUUUAUAAGUUCAUUGCAGUUUUAAUUUAUAUUCAGCCGUUUAGUGGCUGCCUAUGCUAUAAUUAGAUUGUUGUUGUCGUUGUGUCAAAUUUAAAUUUCUCCUGCAACAUUUUGAUUGGAUGCUAAAUAUAAACUUUGCUGUGGGUGGAAAGCGAUCAGGUUAAGUUUUGUGUCAGCCAGCUCUGUUUGUAAAAUAGAGCCUGAUACUCAGGUUACGUAUAGUCAUUAAACAAAGUGUCCUUUAUAUUGUUUUGGCCGGCCGUACUUUUAAUGACCUUUAAUAAUGAAUUGCAAUUGCAACAGAAUAGAAGGACUCGUCUGACAUAUUUGCCACAAUUUAUCAGAUGUGAAGAAAGAUUACAUGACUUUGUCAUGUUUUCACGUUCAUUUAUACAGUAUUUAACGCACUAAUGUAAUGUAAUGUAAUGAAAUGCGUAUAAAAAAUUAUAUUCUUGGCAAAUCUUCUCAGACUAGUUCAAAUCACAAUCUGUCGAACGAGCUGUGGAAGUUUGUAGUCUGGCGGUUGGUCCGAGAACAACACUUUGAAACUCCAGUAUGAUAUAUCAUAGUAAUUUUGCUCACCAUAUUUUUAUUGAUAACAUCAUAUGCGACUUUUUCAUUGUCGACGUACGUAGAAAAUCCUCUUCGGCGUCGCCCAGUAUUAAAGUUGAAAAUAUUCAAUAUAUUUAAAUAACUUCAAAAACAAUUAUAUUUUCCAAAACACGCAUCAUAUUAUCCAACUGAGAGGUGUCUUCUUUAAUACACAUUGUCGUUGAUACAGUAGUUGUAUCCUGGGUAUACUUUUUCGAAGUUUCGUUCAUAUUUUCAGAAUAAAACUAGUAUAUUAAUUUAUAUUUUUAUAAUAAAAAACGCGGCUUCGUUCGUGUGGUCCUGAAAGCGUUAUACAUGCACGCGCUCACACACCAACGCGUGCUCUCGCUGUAACAUACGUUUUUAAUUGGCUAACAUAGACAAUAGACAUACGUCACGGAAAUGAAAUACCCCUCGGGUUCGCAGACGUAACUGUCCGAGCGAAGAAUGAGCGUGGGAAAUGACAUAUGGGUUUGCAUGCAGGCUAAUAUGGCUCCUGUAUAAAAGAGUAAAAAACGUUUAAAUCUUAAUAGCAGUAAUAUACAAAAACAUUGUGUUUCCAAUGCGAUUUUUCCGAUACAGCGCGCAGUGCGUAAUUUUGUCAUUACAGAAAAAUAGUCAACAAAGAAAAAACGACAUGUUCAUUUAUCUACAUUUAACAUCUAUAGCAAAUUAGCCUAAAUUUGUUUGUGGUAUAGAGGUGUUCGCUUCCCUGACGGGAACAGACACAAAAGCAAUCUUUUAUUACAAAAAUAGCGAUAAAUGCAACUCUGGGUUCACAUAUAAUUCUGGAAAUAAUUCAGCUGGGUAUCCUCUUGGAGGUUGGCAUGCUCACCCCAGAAAACAGUCGCACGAAUGAUAUAAGUCUUGCCUGGUUUCCAGCAUGACGUUUUUAUUAAGUACUGGAAUAUUUAUGAGUGUAUAUUCUUAUCUAUGUAUAGCUUACAAACAAUAUAGUUAAAAUAGUCAAAAUCUGCAAUUUGGAAAGCAUAUAUCUUCUGAAAUAUUCAUUGGAUCAACCUCGAAUUUUCGUUAUAUUAUAGCUAUACCAUUAUGAUUUAUGCAUGAAACUGUAUUUAAUAAUACCAUUUCAGCUGGAGACACAUAUUGAAUAUGAGCAGAUAGAAAGUAUUAGGCUAUUGGAACAUGGUUGUUAAUUUGACUUUUUAUAUAUCUAAAGUUUCGAGAGGUAUUAAAACCAAGUGUUUAUUGUUGAGGUAAACACCUUAGUGUUUGCAGUUGACAUGGUAAGAAACGUUAAUUUAGAAGAUCAAAGUUGUUUCAGUUUCAAUUUCAUGUUAUUUGUAUGCACAUGUUUUAGGGAGAGGAAAACAAAGUGAUUCUGCUGUCACUGGUUCGAAGCAAUCAAAAAGAUAAGAUCGGUUUCUUUGCACAGAAAAACCGGAUAUGCGUCGCCAUUUCAAGAGCGCAAUGUGCCCUGUAUAUAUUUGGAAAUAGCAGCGUUUAUUCUUCUUCAC